AUGGCCCGCCGACUGGGUUUCGAUUCGGCGGAUGCGCUCGAACGCUGGGAGGGAGAGAUCGUCCUGGACCACUUCGCAAACUUCAUUUGCGAUUACCUUGCCCUGGGGUAUACCGUCGAGCCCGACCGCGCGAAACUCGUGGCGUACAUUGACCUGGACCGGGCGGUCGACGCGCGGAUCCAGAUGCUCGAGGAGAGACGGUUUGAGACUGCGCUGGAUCCGGAUAAGUGUGAAUGGACGGCUAGGGACCAUUACAAGCAGUUUGUGGUUGGGGUCGUGGCGGAUGACCGCUGGCUAGCAAACUAUGGGCUCGAGGUGGCGGAACUUUGUAAGCGUGGUUGGACGGCCAGGGAGACGACGAUCAAGCUGGUCAAGUUCCUGGACUUUUUGAUACAGGAGUGGGUUGAGGGAUCCGGGGAUAGUUCGAACAGGGAAAAGACAGGGCAGGUACAGGUUUGGCGGGUCUUAUGAUGCAGUGGUGAUUCUCAUGGUCAAGGGGCAAGAUGUCUGGUUCGAGUGAGAGGUUUCGGGUUGGGUUUGCAGCAUUCAGUGU